ACGUGCACGUAGGCGUGUUCACGAGGGGUUUUCCGCGGCGGCGCGCAGCCAUGGCGACAGCGACUAGAGCAGAAACAUUCUAUGCGCGCUCCCGGAGACAUUGACUGCUUUAUUUAAGGGUUUUUAUUUCUCUACGAACACACUUUAAGUUAUCUAAGUUAAUAGUGAUGUCCUCCUCCUGCGGGUCACCUGUCAGAGGACGCUCCUGAGAAAAGACUUGGCGAUGCUGCACCAGAUGGAGGGAGAUUCAUCAGAUGACAGAUUGGAGGCGUUAAUGGAUGAUCCUCCUCCUCCCUCGACGACCUCCACCUCCGACAUCUCCGAACAUGAAUUCUCGUGCCACUGCUGCUACGACAUCCUAGUGAACCCCACCACGUUGACCUGCGGCCAUAACUUCUGCCGCCACUGUCUGGCUCUGUGGUGGGAAUCUUCUCACAAGAACGAGUGCCCCGAGUGCCGGGAGAAGUGGGAAGGCUUUCCUAAAAUCAACAUCCUGCUGAGAGAUGCAACAGACAAGCUGUUCGGUGAGGUUGUGCAGCGGAGGAGAGCAGAGAUCCAGGAUAACCCCAAAGUCUCCCGCAGUUUACUGGCCUUCCAGAGGUAUGGUGACAAUCUGGGCAGGUCCAGGACCAACCAGCACAAAGGAGCUGGUUUCUUCUUCUCUGGAGUCCUCACUGCGCUCUCAUGCGUGGCUGUGAUGGUGCUGGUGUAUCACUGGAGCAGCAGCGUGGUGGAGGAGCACGACUUGUUGAUCAGUAAGCCCGUGUCUCGCUGGACGCCGGAGGAAGUCGUUUCCUGGCUGGAACAUUUGGGACCCUGGGCUCAGCUGUACAGGGAGCCCUUCCUGCAGGAGAAAGUCAAUGGAAGGCUUCUGUUGAUGCUAGGAGACGAAGAGUUGUCAAAGCCUCCUUACAGCAUUGAAAAUCAGGCUCACAGACGGGCUGUUGUGGCUGAACUGGACAGAGUUAAAGUCCUGGGAGUCAAACCUCCGCAGAACCUCUGGGAGUACAAGGCGGCUAAUGCUGGGAAGUCUCUGUUCAUGCUGUACGCACUGAAGCGCUCCCCUCGCCUCACGCUCUUCUACCUGUAUUUAUUCGACUACUCGGAAACGUUCCUGCCCUUCCUGCACACCUGCUGUCCAGCAAUCACGCGCAUCGACCAGACGGUGGAGAGCAGCUUCCUCUACACGCAGGUGGAGCCCAGCUGGAGACAGUGGGGAGAGUUUCUUGUCAAGUACCUGCUGCUUCCAUACCAGCUGAUCGCAGAGUUUGCUUGGGACUGGCUGGGCGUUCACUACUGGACGUCUCGCUUCAUUAUUGUCAACGCCAUGCUUCUGUCUGUGCUGGAAGGCUGCGCCCUGUGGAGAAUCUGGACAAGAGCCAAUAUCAGGGCACUGCCGGGCAAGAUGUGGAGCCACAUGUGGAAGAUGUUAUCUCAGGGGUUUGCCUUUGCCCUCCUUUGGCCUUUUGUCCCUCAGUUUGUGUGCAACUGCCUCUUCUACUGGGCUCUCUACUUCAGUCCCAUCAUUAACAUAGACCUGGUGGUGCAGCAGCUAAUGCACCCAGAAACGCAGGCGCUGUGACAGACUGCAUGUAGUGACUGCAGCGCCCGAACAAUGCCAUUCAGUUAGCAGCAAAUAAAAAUCACCAGAAAUCCA